ACGAAAAGAAGCUGAUAAACAAAACACGCACCACAAAAACGCAGAAAGGCAGAACAACCACAUGCACAAAAGAAUCCCAAACCACACGUUUAUCGCUCCUUCGCCGUAGAAUGAGCUGUGGCCCGGAUAAAAGUGAUAAUAAUCCAGACUUGAGACAUCACAUCCGUUUCAAUUACUGCCGCACGCGUUCACUGUAUCGUAAAUCAAAGAAACCAACAGCCGUAAAGGUGUACUCGGUGGCUACUGAAUCGCGUCAUUUGCUCAUAUUUGGUGUUCCGCAGAUCAGUCUCGCCAAGGAACUGAAGGAUCAACUUCGGCGACACGGAAACAUCCAGCUGCUGCAAAACGUCACCGCCGACAUCAAGGCUUCCGGAAGUUUUGACGUAGAAGCAUUCACGGACGUGUUCUACGCUAAAUUCGAAAAAUUAGACAAAGCUCGCCGUGCGAAGAAGUUUUUGGACGCCAAAAAUUUCUACGGAGGAAUCCUGCACAUAUCCUACGCACCGGAACGCGAGUCCGUAGAAGAUUUACGUCAGAAGCUAGAGCAACGAAAACGAGAAGUAGAGUAUCGUAUACAGUCGAACCGAUCGGUUCCGAAACGCCCUGCAGACCCGAGCCAACAACGCCCACUCAUCGGCCCAAUGCCGCCGAAACGAUCGAAAAAGAUUUAGA